ACCGAUCCAAAUUUCUAUAUCAAAUCAACAAGAUUCCAAUUCCCAUCAAAAUAUUUGAUUAUUUAAUGUUUUUUUUAACCAUAUCUUGAAAGUAAUUGGUCGGAAUUAGGCGUCGAUCUAUGCAUUUAAUUUUAUAAUUCCUCCAAUGGGGAUCUCAAAACUCCAUUUUCAUCUUCACCUCAGCAGCUUCCCAAACUUCCAUGGCUGUUCUCAAAUCGCUCUUUCCAUUUGCUUUCUUUAGCCAUACAAGCUCACAUGACAUUCUUGCCAUUUGAAGCUUUACUCCAUUAAUGAAGCUUCAAAUUUCACUUCCUUUUCUGUAUCUAAUCCUCUGCCCUUUUACUCUGUUUCAUUAGUCCUCGAAGUUCACUUCACUUGGAUCUCAAAUCAGAGAUCCAUGGCGGACGACAACUUGGAUCUAAGCAAUAGAUCUGAACCUGUGCAGAUUUUGUGUUCUUACCUUUGAUGUUCAUUGUUCUUCAGAAGAUUAGUCGAUUAGAAGCUUAACAAUGAGGCCAGUGGAGGAUAAAGGCUGCUAUAAUCACGAGCCAAUAAAACCGCACCGAGGUUCACAUCAUCGCACAGCGUUAGGAAAACCAACGCCAUCGAAAUGGGACGAUGCGCAGAAAUGGAUUGUAGGAUUUUCGAAAGGCGGAGAAAAAAAUCAAUCGAAAACCGCACCGAGAAACUCGAAUGCAGACGAUUUGAGGCUUAUAGCUUAUGUACCACAGAAAGAGCAGGAUUACUCGAGCAACGACGAGGAAGAACAACAACAAAAUGAGAAUCAAUUUGAAUCAGAGACGAAGAAUGUCGAUUGUCGCGAUUCAAUUUUGCGAAUCGAGAAACAGAUUGAGAAUCCAGCGGCGGCUGUUAGGUCAAUAUGCGUGAGGGAUACGGGAACGGAGAUGACUCCGAUUGCUAGCCAAGAGCCUUCCAGAACGGCGACGCCGAUUCGAGGCACGACGGCGUCGGCGACGGCGACGGCGAUGGCGCGUAGCCCUAUAUCGUCUGGAUCGUUGACUCCGGCGAUGUUCGAUCGGGCGAAGCAAGGUACUGAAAGGUUUCAGCCGAGGAUUCAGGGCAAUGAUGUCGGAGUAGAAUCGAACGCGAUUCAGAGUGGUGAAGAAUCAACUGGCGGAAGAGUUAGUGAGGAAAAUCGGGACUCUGAUCAAGCGAAGAAGAUGAACUCGCUAGAAACUAGGGCAAUGGCUUGGGACGAAGCGGAACGAGCCAAAUACAUGGCUAGAUUUAAGCGGGAAGAAGUGAAGAUAGAAGCGUGGGAAAACAAGGAGAAGCGAAAAGCGGAGACGGAGAUGAGAAAAAUAGAGGUGAAAGCGGAGAAAAUGAAGAGUCGAGCGCAGGAGAAGAUGGCGAAAAAGCUUGCGAGAGCGACGAGAAUGGCGGAAGAGAGGCGAGCAAAUGCAGAGGCGAAGCUGAACGAGAAAGCCGUAAAGACAUGGGAGAAAUCUGAUUAUGUAAAGAGGACUGGCCAUUUGCCUUCUUCCUUCUCCUUCAAACUGCCUUCAAUCUGCUGGUAGAACUCACCUUGUUCUUUAUUUUAUAUGCUUUUAAUUUCUAAUUUGUUUUUUUAAUUU